GAGCAGAAGUCUCUUCCCGUCAUCGCCGUUCGAGGGUCUCCACGGUGAUCCGUCCAUCCCGCUCCUCCAGGCCUCGGUACCCGCGGUUUUACUCCAACUGGGUCGAACGCAGUGAAAAUAAAGUUGUUUGAGGAUAUUGGCGUAGAAAACAUCACACAACUUGGAAUCUUUUUUUUUCUCCCCCAACUGCACAAGAUGAAGCUGUGGUGGGGCUGGACGUGUGUGCUGCUCCUCUCCCUCCUGGCUCUCUCUGAGUCCCAGGCUGAAGCUCAGGGUGACCUGGACCUGGAGAUGGAGGAUGAAAUGGAGGAAGCUAUGGUGGAAGACAUGGUAGAAGAUAGGGAAGACUCAGCAGAGAUGGAGGGAGAGGCGGAGAUGGAAGGGGAGGCGGAAGAGGAGAAGGGAACCGAUGCCAACGUCUCCUUCCAGGUGACCUACAAGACUCCUGUUCCCAUCGGAGAAGUGUACUUCUCAGAGACCUUUGAUGACGGCUCACUGGACAGGUGGCAGGUGUCAAAGACGAUGAAGGAAGACGCAGACGAUGAAAUUGCUAAAUAUGAUGGUAAGUGGUCUGUGGAGCAGCUGAAGGAGAAUAAAGUACCAGGAGACAUGGGUCUGGUUCUGAAGUCCCGGGCCAAACAUCACGCCAUCGCCUCCCUGUUGGACAGACCCUUCCUCUUCCGGGACGAUGCCCUGGUCGUACAGUAUGAGGUGAACUUCCAGGAUGGUAUUGACUGUGGUGGAGCCUACAUCAAACUGCUGUCGGACGAAGAUGGCCUGGAUCUGGAUCAGUUUAAUGACCGUACCUCCUACAGCAUCAUGUUUGGGCCUGAUAAGUGUGGAGAGGACUACAAGCUGCACUUCAUCUUCCGCCACAGGAGCCCUCUGAACAACGACCUGGAGGAGAAACACGCCAAGAGGCCCGACGUCGACCUGAAGAAGUUCUACACCGACAAGAAGACUCAUCUCUACACACUGGUCCUGAACCCAGACAACAGCUAUGAGAUCCUGGUAGACCAGAGCAGUGUCAGUCGUGGCUCUCUGCUUCAUGAUGUGGUUCCUCCUGUUAACCCCACCAAGGAGAUAGACGAUCCCACUGACUCUAAACCUGAAGACUGGGACGAGAGGGCCAAGAUACCAGACCCAGAGGCUGUCAAACCUGACAACUGGGAUGAGGAGGCUCCGGCUACGAUCCAGGACCCUGAUGCUGUGAAGCCAGAGGGAUGGCUGGACGACGAGCCGGAGUUUGUAGCCGACCCUGCCGCCGAGAAACCAGACGACUGGGAUGAAGAGAUGGAUGGAGAGUGGGAGGCCCCUCAGGUUCCUAACCCAGUGUGUGAGACAGCCCCUGGAUGUGGGCAGUGGAAACCCCCUACCAUCAACAACCCUCAGUACAAGGGCAAGUGGAAGGCUCCUCUGGUGGACAACCCCCACUACCAGGGUGUGUGGAACCCGCGUAAGAUCCAGAACCCGGACUACUUCGAGGACCUGGCUCCGUUCCAGAUGACGUCGUUCAGAGCCGUGGGGCUGGAGCUCUGGUCCAUGACCUCCGAGAUCUACUUCGACAACUUCAUCAUCACUUCAUAUAAAGAGGUGGCCGAUCGCUGGGCUGGAGACAGCUGGGGACUCAAGAAACUGGUGGCUAGUGCCAACGAGCCGGGUGUGUUUUCCCAGUUGACCAUGGCAGCAGAGGAGAGACCGUGGCUCUGGGUGGUCUACAUACUGACUGUUGGUCUGCCCAUAGGACUGACUGUGUUAUUCUGCUGGCCCAAGAAAUCAGAUGAUGACUAUGUGUACAAGAAGGUGGACCCGCCUAAACCCGAUGUAGAAGAGGAGGAAGAGGAUGAUGAAGAGGAGGAGGAGGAAGAAGAAGAGGAGAAGGGAGACCAAGCAGCUAAGGCCAAAGCUACUGAGAGUCCAAAACCUGCAGAAGAGAAGAAAGAGAAGGCGGAGGAGGAGAGUGGGGCAGCUGGAGGGGACAGCGUAGAAGAUGAAGAGGACGAUGAGGAGGAGGAGGAGGAUGAAGGAGAGGAGGAAGAAGAGACCAAGUCCAAUGAGGCAGCAUCGGAUAAUGUCAGUGCUGAGCAGAAGGUGGAGGCAGACGAGGGGGGCCACAGCGUUGGCGACGGACACAAACAGGCCGUGAGGAAGAGGAGGGUACGGAAAGACUGAUGAAGACCAACGACAACAAAUUAAGCCUCCUCUCUCUCUCUCUCUCUCUCUCCUCUCUCUCGCUCUCUCUCUCUCCUCCUCUCUCUCUCUCCUCUCUGCAUGCCCUCUGGUGGUCCUAGUGACCAAGAUACUACCCCUCCUCCAUCAGUCAAAUGACAACCCCCCCCCCCGUUCUUUCUUAUCUUCCUUUGUUCUCUCCAUCCGUUACGCCUCUCUAAGGCCAUCAAGGCUACCCUGAUCCCCCCCAACCCUCCUUUCUUCCAAAAUGAAUACUAUGCCCCCUCGUCUCCUUCCUCUUUCCCCCAUCCUCUUCAUCAGCUGCAACUCCCCCUCUCCCUACUCACCCCCCCUCUUCAGCUUCCAGUCUUCCUGACUAUAGUUCCUAGUUCUGGUUUAUUGUUGACAUUUUGUUAAGCUUCAGAAGUAUUUUGUUUAAUUCAAACUAAAGUUAAAAGGGCAGCUCUCUCUGGCUUGUGUCUCAAAUGACACCCUAUUCCCUGAAGAAGAGCUUUGGUCAAAGUAGGGCACUACAUGGGGGCGUGUAAGGUGUUAAAAAGUAGGGCACUACAUGGGGGGAAUAAGGAGUUAAAAAGUAGUGCACUACAUGGGGAAUAGGCUGGUCAGAGAGAGAGAAGACCUCUAUAGCCAUGCUACUGUAUUGCUGCUGUGUGACUGAAGGUGCCAUGUUUCUCCUGGUCUCAGAUCUGCUUGUCGUUGGAGUCAAGUCCUCUGACUAUUAUUGGGACAAGAUUUGGCUCUAAAAUACAAACCGGGCAUCCCAAAUGGCACCCCGUUCCCGUUUAUAUUGAGCUACCCUAAUGGGCCCUGGUCUAAAGUAGUGCACUAUAUAGGGAAUAGGGCUCUGGUCUAAAGUAGUAUACUAUAUAGGGAAUAGGGCUCUGGUCAGAAGUAGUAUACUAUAUAGGGAAUAGGGCUCUGGUCAGAAGUAGUAUACUAUAUAGGGAAUAGGGUGCCAUUUGGGAUGUAGAUAUACAGAUCUGGGACCAGUCUUAAAGUUUGACUACAGAGCCAGAAGGAUAUUUUCAGACAAGAAGGCGCCUUACGUCAGGUUUAAGGUUUUACACAUCUACUUUAGAUUGAUAAGUGUUUUGUUUUUCAUUCAUUAACUUAUAAAAGGAAGUUCAUAAUAUAAUAUGUCAGUUCUUUGUGUUAUUUUGUUUUUUUAAACUAAAUUAUAUGGAUUUAAAACUUGAGGAUUGAAAAUCGGCACUGAUAAAAAUGUAUCUAUUUAUUUGAAACUUCUCCCUCUUGUUCAUUUUACGGCUAAAUUUAAAACAGAAGAAAAUAUUACAAUGCAGUUUUUUCUCUUUUGAGUGAAUGGAAAUGUUUUGGUUGUUUAAAAAAUAUAUAUAUAUUAAUAAUUUGUAGUUAGUUUUACCACUGUUUUGCUUAUUGUGAGCCUACGUCAGAACAAACAACUUGUUUCCCCCAAAGUCGGCAUUAAAACCCUCUGUUCUCCACCCGAGGGAGCUGGGUAUUCCGGAAUAUCCAAACUCCGGUUCCGGAAUGAAUUAUAAACAAUUCCGUCUUGUAUGGAAAGAGAUGUGCAGAGUUCUGCUUUUUGUUUGUUCUGUUUUCUCCAGAGUUUUCUAGUAAAAUGUUUUGUGUUCUUGUACGACAACCAGGCAUAUUUCCCUGUUUUCAAUAAGUUGCAAAUUGUACAUUGCUCUUGGAAAAUUAAAUAUUUAAAUACAAUAA